AUGCUCGCUAAUUGCUGUGUUAGGAUGGUGAAGCUUAUGAGACCUGGCCGCGUGGUGAUCGUGCUCGCCGGUCGUCGUGCUGGUCGCAAGGGCAUUGUUGUUCAGUGCAAUGACAACCCAAGCAAGCGCAGGCCUUACUCAAACUGCCUGGUUGCUGGUAUUGACAAGUACCCAUUGAAGGUAACUCGUAAGAUGAGCAAGGAGAAGGUGAAGAAGCGCCUGCGUAUCAAGCCCUUCGUAAAGUACAUCAACGUUAACCACCUCAUGCCUACCCGCUACACGGUUACAGGUCGCUUGGACCCCAAACUGCUCGUCAGCGACGCGCAGAUGGAGAGCCAGGACACCCGCAAGCAGGCCCGUAAGGCCUUGAAGGCGGUUUUUGAGGAGGCCCUCAACAACCCUGAUCCCGCCGACGGAAAGAUUUCCAAGGACGCUUUGUUCCUCAGGAAGAAGUUGAGGUUCUAA